AUGCUUCAAAAACUUGAGGUUUGGUGGAAAUAAGGACUAGUCUCCGACAAUGAUAUAUUUAGAAACUGCCUUAUUCUACAAUUAACCGAAAGCUUAGCGAGGUCGAUUCGCAGCCACUCCAAGACGAAUCCAUUCUCGUGACAACGAUCGGACAGUUCAGAGGCCGCAGUCUAAAAAUGAAACUGAAACAAAAGAUUUUGCAGGGCAUCAAUGACGAUGCGUUCCAUUCAUUUUCGCACUCGUUCUUCCUCCGUUCCAACGACGGAUGA